AUGGAUUCUGAAAACUAUAAAAGACAAUUUUCAAUCCCUAGUGACACAUCUGAAUCACGUCGUCACUGUAAUCCAGAAAUCUCAACAACAUCGCAGUCGAAUAUUCCUCAUGUGACUAUUGUACUUCAUGGUAUCAACACCUCUUCCAAUCCACUUCUCACACAACAACUUCACCGUCUGCAGCAUUUUCACAUCGUUGAAGUUGAUGAUAUCGAUGAAUGGGUCGAUUCCAUGACAUCUCAUCCAAAUGAAACUACCGUCGUUCUUAUCGUCAAAAGAUACCAGUUCGAUGCUAUACAAGUCCUUCAUGUGCGAGUGCCCCAGAUAAAACGUAUCUAUUCGAUGAGAGACCAACAUAGGAUGUCGAUACAUGAUGGNAACGAUGCACAUAUUUCCAUCGAUGGAUUGUUUCAAGUUUUACAUCAUGGUGAACGAAAAUUUGGAGAUACACAUCGAUUUGCCACAACCGAAGAUCCAGAAGACUUUGCUUCUAAAGAACGCCUUUAUGCUGUCUGGGAUGAGAUGGAAGUUGAUCGUUCUUCGAAAAUUCUUCUUUCUGCCUUGCUCAAUCAUCCCAUCGUAGCAGAUAUGAUCGCCAGCUGCUGUAAAUAUCGAGCACCGGACUUCAGACAAGUUCUUCACAUAAAACAAGCCGAUGAAUUGUCGGCUGCCGAUUCGCAUGGUCAUCGUACUCCUGAGCAAGGAACUGCGUAG